CUUCUGGGCUCCGGGUUUUUUUUUUUCCCCUAAAAUUUCCUUAUUUUCUAUCUGAGUUCCCCAAAUUCCUUCCGAUUCCUUCCCUUGAAGUUCUUACUAUUUGAGUUUUACUUUCUUUCAUUUUCCUUUCCUUUCAUUCUUUCAUAUUCGCUUCCUUGAAACGCUUUGCAUGUGCUUUUAGAGUUGGUAUCGACAUGAUGUUUCUUUUGAUGGGUUAUGUUUGAUUCGCGUGAUAUUCCAAUUGGAAAGCUAAAUCUUGCAAAGUUCAGUUGGAGAGUGGAGUCGGCCGUUUUGAAGAUUACCCAUUUGAUUAUUUGCUGAAUAGAUUCUUUCAUUGGAAUCGCUUUGAUGGUUGAUCCUAUAUUGCAAACUUUGUCCAGUUCAUGCAGGAAUCUGGUGGGAGUUCAUGUAUUUUACUUGAUGCUAGAAUACCCUUUUGGGUUCUUUUCUUAGUUCAUUCGUAGGAUUGCUUCCGAGUCAAGUUUCUAUGGCGGGUUCCAAGGCAAACCCAGAGUUGGUUUCGGGAGCUACUGGUUCCAGUGGGGCUGAGGAGACGUCCUCUGAUUUAUUGAAGAAUACACCGUCAAACAUUGCGAGAUUGGAGGAUGUGAUCGAGCAUUGUAAGGGCAGGCAGAAGUAUCUUGCGCGGACGAGGAGUCCUUCGGAUGGGGGCGAUGUUAGGUGGUACUUUUGCGAGGUGCCUUUGGCAGAGAAUGAGCUAGCUGCCUCAGUCCCUCGCACUGAGAUAGUGGGGAAGAGCGACUAUUUUCGUUUUGGGAUGAGGGAUUCUCUUGCGAUAGAAGCGUAUUUCUUGCAGAGAGAGGAAGAGUUGCUCUCUAGUUGGUGGAAAGAAUAUGCAGAAUGUAGUGAAGGUCCAAUGGAACAACCUAGUUCCAGUAAGGUGAUGGAUAAGAAACGAAGUGGAUCUUCUUCAGAUAGUGAUCUGUCAGCCCAAAUGUAUGAAGUUGAAGAAGAGAGAGUUGGUGUCCCUGUAAAAGGAGGACUCUAUGAGGUAGAUUUAGAGAGGAGACAUUGUUUCCCUGUUUAUUGGUAUGGAGAAAAUCGGCGUGUUUUAAGAGGUCAUUGGUUUGCUCGUAAAGGGGGCCUUGAUUGGCUUCCACUUCGUGAAGACGUUGCGGAACAACUAGAGAUUGCAUAUCGUGCCCAGGUCUGGCACCGGAGAACAUUUCAACUGUCUGGACUUUUUGCAGCUCGAGUUGAUUUGCAAGGCUCUACCCUGGGGUUGCAUGCACUUUUUACUGGAGAAGAUGAUACUUGGGAGGCUUGGCUCAAUGUUGAUGCUUCUGGUUUUUCUGGUGUCAUUAGUUUAAGUAGUAAUGGAAUUAAGUUAAGGCGCGGCUAUUCGCCAUCUCACUCACCAAAACCCACCCAGGAGGAACUACGUCAACAAAAGGAGGAGGAAAUGGAUGAUUACUGUUCACAGGUACCUGUGCGACACCUGGUUUUUAUGGUUCAUGGUAUUGGUCAAAGGUUGGAGAAGUCUAAUUUGGUUGACGACGUAAGCAAUUUUCGCCAUAUCACAACGAGUCUUGCUGAACGGCACCUUACUUCACACCAACGUGUCACUCAGAGAGUCCUUUUUAUCCCGUGCCAGUGGAGAAAGGGUUUAAAGCUUAGUGGUGAAACAGCGGUUGAAAAGAUUACUUUAGAUGGAGUACGAGGUCUGCGUGUCACGUUGAGUGCAACCGUUCAUGAUGUGUUAUACUACAUGAGCCCAAUAUAUUGUCAGGAUAUUAUCAACUCGGUAUCCAACCAAUUAAAUCGGUUAUAUUUGAGGUUUCUGCAGAGGAAUCCGGGUUAUGAUGGAAAGGUUUCCAUAUAUGGGCAUUCUUUGGGAAGUGUCCUCUCCUAUGAUAUUCUCUGCCAUCAGGAAAAUUUAUCCUCCCCAUUUCCAAUGGAUUGGAUGUACAAAGAACAUGAUAGUAAUGGAGAAUCAUCUCCUGAUAUGAACAAACAGUCUUCUCCGUGCACCUCUUUAACUAAGCUGGAGGAUAAAAACUUCACUGUAGUAAAUGAAACAGAGGAUAGUGUGGAUCACUUUGAAGAGAAGAUGAGUGCACAAACAAACCUUUUGGAAAAUGAGGAAGGUGAUUCUGUAGAUUCUUCCACAAUUGUGGGUCCUAUCACUUCAGAUUUUGAUGAACUUGCUGCAAAGUCUAUGGAUUCCAAACAACCAGGUGGUGACAAAGAUGUCAAUAAAUUGUUUUGUGAUUCUAGAGAUAUACUUUCUCCACAAAGUGUCUUAGGCGAAACUAUGAACAUGAAUUCUGGGCUCCCAAUUGAUGGUUUGGAGAAAAUGGCUGAGGAAGUAUGCGGCGAUCAAAGCAAUAAAGACAAAGCAAUCAAAUCGCUGAGGCAAGAGAUUGGUUCACUAAGGGACAAGAUAGCAGAAUUGGAAAAGCAGAGUGGUGGAGAUGCAACAUUGCAUCACGGAGACAUGGAGGUUCUUGCAACUACUGCAAAGCAACCCAUGUAUGAGAAGAUGCCACCUGGGCAAGAUGAUGCAUCCAAGACUUACAACCCAUAUAUUAAGUACACAAAGCUUGAAUUUAAGGUUGACACAUUCUUUGCAGUUGGAUCGCCUCUCGGUGUAUUCCUUGCCCUUCGUAAUAUUCGUAUUGGGAUUGGCAAAGGAAAGGAAUAUUGGGGAGCAGAAAAUAUAAAUGAAGAGAUGCCAGCAUGUCGUCAAAUGUUUAACAUUUUUCACCCGUUCGAUCCUGUGGCAUAUAGAAUUGAACCGCUUGUCUGUAAAGAAUACACCAGUAAACGCCCUGUUCUUAUACCUUACCACAAGGGUGGAAAGCGCUUGCAUAUCGGAUUCCAGGAAUUUACUGAAGAUUUAGCGGCUCGUUCUCAGGCAAUAAUGGGUCAUAUACACUCCAUAAGGGACAAAGUUCUCACGGUUUGCCAAUCCCGAAGCAUGGAUAGCCUAGAAGAAGGGGGGGAGGAUUCCCAAGAAAAAGAAGAGAGAUCAUAUGGCUCUCUGAUGAUGGAGAGGCUAACUGGAAGUGAAGAAGGACGGAUUGAUCACAUGCUUCAAGAUAAAACAUUUAAGCAUCCAUACUUGCAAGCCCUUGGAGCACAUACAAACUAUUGGAGGGAUUUUGAUACUGCCCUUUACAUAUUGAAACACUUGUAUCGACAUAUUCCUGAAGAUAUCAGCUCAACGGAGGAAUCUAGCGAAGGCAACUCAAAAGAUAGUAAUUCCGCCGCAGGCUGGCCUGAUCAAAGAGAGAAUGUUGAUGAAGAGCUUCCUUUGACAUUCUCCGACAGUUUUACGGUCAGAAAUUUUUCGAGGAAAGCCAAGAAGGUUAUGAAGAAGCGCUGAUGAUAGUGGCAUUCUACUCAUCUCUUCAUGCCUUUAAAAUGCAAAAGUGCAACUGGGGACAGUCGAAGCAAAUUUGCCUUUUACCAUAUCACUGCUUUCUGGGCCAAAUUAUUUCAUAUUUUAUACGUUGCAGACAGUCCCAAAAUUAAUGAUAUGCCAAGCUGCAAUGGGAAAAGGAUAUGCAAUUAAUUGUCCACGCCAGCCGCCAGGGCUGUCCCUUCAAAGGGAAAGAAAAGGGGAUGGCGAAAUGGGGGAAGGAAACCAGAGUAGCUGUCUGUUUAAUGGGAGAGCAAUUUCUCUUUACACGUAGAAGGAAACGUAGGGCAUACUUGCUGAAUGAAACAAAUCCCUGUUGAGAUUUUGGUGAAUUGAAAUGCAAGUACAUAAACAGUGUAUAUUGUUGUUCAAGAAAUAUAAGAAUAGAAUAAAGAAUGAUCGAAA